GAUUACCGCCUCUCUAUUUCUGUACCGCCAAGCUCUUUAUUGGUCUUAGGCUGCCGUGGCAGAGAUUGUGUGUGUGUGUGUGUGUGUGUGUGCGUGUGUGUGUGUUUUCCAUCUACCUCCUGCAAAGCACACUCCACUGACUGUUUGGAUCUAUCAGCGUGUACCUGAUCUCUCUUCCACGGCUGGACUGAGGAAAUAAGGGCAAUAAGCAGUAUCACAGCGGGCCUAUCCCGUGGCACCACAGAAGAGUUGUCACGAUGAUAGUUACAAUGCUAACUGCUAUGUACAUGGUGGUCAGAGUAGUUGAAAAGAUAGGAGUGCGGUUUGCGCGCAGGGAUCCUCCCUUGCCUUUCGUGGUGACCCAGGUUCUGCCCUGGCAGGUGCACCAUGUGUCCCAAAAGAGGAGGAGCAGCGCAACAGCAGAGUACGAUGGCCCGAGGAGGAACAGCCUAGGAGUGUUCAGAAAGAUAAAUUCGGACCUCUUCCCCAAUACAACGUUGGCUGUUGCUGUUGCCACUUUGGCUGUGCCCUGUCUCCUGACGUGCAACCGGAAAGACUCCGCCUGCAGCAACGGGUGUGCAGCGGCGCCCCUCGGCCUCACCCUGCCCGUGGAGAAAGCUGCCGCCACCAUCCAGAACCAGUUCAGGAAGUACCAGCAGAAGAAGAAGGAGACCAAGUAGAAGCACACCCGCACCACCCGAGCUCUGCAAGACAGACAGACGGACACAAACACACUGGCGGGGGACACAGACAGACAGACAGACAGACAGACAGACAGACAAACCUCUCCAAAAUGUAAAGAGCAAGAGGACCAAACAUUUCCUCUAACUCUGUUACCUGUGUUGUGCAGCGUGUUAAGUAAAGCAAAGUAAAUAGUACUGACUGACUUGACAUAUGUCAAACAUUACAGACACACACAGACACACACACACACACACACAUUCAACCACAAAAUGAACGGACUAAAUAUUACACACAUCCCGUCUUAUACUAUGUAACUGAAUAUAUAGACGUACGUAUGAAUAAUAUGUCCUUUAUAUGCUAAUGGUUAGAGCGUUGGACUAGUAACCGAAAGGUUUCAAGUUCAUAUCCCCGAGCUGACAUCUGUCGUUCUGCCCCUGAACAAGGCAGUUAACCCACUGUUCCUAGGCCGUCAUUGGAAAUAAGAAUUUGUUCUUAACUGACUUGCCUAGUUAAAUAAAGGUAAAAUAAAAAAAUUAAAAAAAUGUGCAUAUCUGUA